UGGGUCCCUCCUCCUUCCUCUGGGGUGGCGUUAGCUGGGCAGAGACUCAUGGCUGCCUGUCCUCUGGCUGGAAAAGCCAAAGCUGGUUCUGCUGCAGCCCCUUCCCCUGGACGACAGACAGAGGCCAGGAGACGCCCAGAGAGCCAGUGAGAAGGAGAGGUGGAGAGACAGAGACUGACUCCUGAGGAGAGGUGGCCAGGAGCUGAGAUGGAAGAGGCGAGGCCACAGAUGGCCAAGGUAUGGGGUGGCCAUGUGAAGAAAGAACCAUGAACCAUGGCCAUGUGAAGAAAGGCCAUGAACUAUGGCCCUCCAUGUGAAGAAAGAAGUUGGGGGCCUUUCUCACGGCUCUCUGUGCACUGACCACAAGGGAGGCGCUUUUGCAACGUAGAAAAAGAAGAAACCAGAUUGAUAAAGGAAGUGCUGGGUACUCCGGGGGCCCGCGAGUUUGGGGAAGCUCACCCUCCCUUGCUCUUCCGAAGGAACCUGAUCCACGCUUUCCACGUUCCUCUGGACUCCCCGAGGAGGCACCUCUGUAGGGCCUACCCUCUGGCCUUGACAGAGCUGCUUGGCUUCUCCUCUCCUGGGAGGAGAGUGAGGCAAUGGGUCCGUCCCUGCUGCUGUCCCUGCUGCUGCUGCCGGCAUCUCUGCAGGCUGACAGCUCAAAAGAAUGCAAUCCAAACACCGACUUUGGGAUCAACCAACCAGCGUCUCUCUCAGCCCCCGAGGGUGGUUCCACCUGCAUCUUUUUCUCCUACUUCCACUGCUGGGAGUUAGCCAAGGAUCCCAGACUGAGUAUAGCCAUCAAACGGAGAGACUUCCAUGGAGAGGUCAUCUACAACAGUACCCAGCGUUUUAUCCAUAAGGAUUACAAGAACCGGAUCUCCCUGGACUUGAGACAGGGUCAGAACUCUGGCACCCUGUGUAUACAGAACCUGCGGAAAGAAGAUGAGAAUAGGUACUUUUGCCAGGUCCAAGUGGAAACGCUAAGAGAUGGCAAAAAGGUGUGGCAGUCCAUCCCAGGGACCAAACUCACCAUUACCGAAGCUGCCCAGAUGACCACAAUCACCAAGGGCCCUACCACCACUGUCACCACCACCACAAGGGACAUGAAUAUGGAAACCAUGGUCAAGGUGGCACUGCCCGUUGCUAUGUUCAAAACUGCAAUUUUGGGACUGGUUGUCUACCUCUGGUGGAAGAGAAGCAAAGAGGAAAAAUCACAGUGGUUGUCUCUAGAGUGAGGAUGAGGGUUGGAGAUGAAGAAAAACAUGACAUAGUCACUGAGGAUAUAGAAGACAGUAUUUAAGGAUUCAACUCAGAUGAGAAGCCAUAAACUCUGUAAAGGCAUCGCCUCAUGUUUUUCCUCAUGCAGGUUAGAACCCUCUGGGACUUGUUCAUUAGGAGUUACGUUCACCUGCUGGUACCAGAGACCAAAAGUAACAGGGCUUAAAUAAGACUGAGUUUAUUGUUUUCCCUCAUAUAAAAGGAUGAGGAAACAGAUAGCAGAGGACACUGUCCUUAGGCACUCAGGCUUCUAUCUUCCUGCUCACUGUUAUGGCUACUGGCUUUUAUCCUGAAGGUUGCCUCAUGAUCCAAGAUGGCUGCUCAGACUCCAGCCAUUAUUUCUGAAUCCAGACAGGAAACAGGAGGAAGGAAGAAAGGAAAAAAAAAAAAAAAAAAGACUAUGCCACAGCUGUCUGUCCUCAUUUUA